GAAUCGUUUGCAUAAAAAAAAGAUGAAUGAUUUAGUUUAUGUGAUGUAUAACUCCAAGCUGAAAAGUAGACAAAUUCGAAAAUCUAUAGCUCUUCCAUUUGAUGACAUAGAAUCAGAUGAUGAAUGGAUAGCUGAAGAGACAGAUGAUGUUGUUGAGAUUGAUCAAGUUGAAGGUGAAAAUGAUAGUGAAAAUGUUUACUUAGAUGGAGCAACAACAGAUCAUGUUCUAGAUGCUCUUGAUCUUGAUAACAUAACAUUUGGGAACAAUGAGGAUGCACAACAUUCAUCAGAGGAAGAGUUAGAUGAGAAUGAUAAUGGAGAUGAUGGAGAUGAUGAUGCCAUUAUUAGAGGAUUAGAGGAUUAGGCAUAGAGACUUUGACAUUUCAAU